AUGAUCUAUCUCACCGGAUCUGCACUGCCCGAAAAAAGCCACCCCGUUCUGCUGACCUCUGCUACGGUUGGGCAACAAACUGAAGCGUCCUGCUUUUCUUUCUGGUACCACAUGUUCGGAGGCGACGGCGUGGAGUUGGAAUUGUACCUUAAGAAGUCUUUCCAAUCAGCUGGCGCCCCUUGGAAAAGUGACAAGUUGUUCAGUCACAAUGACCGCACGACUGCCGACCGAUGGUACAACGUACGCCGGACUGUAUUCAUCGACGAAGCAAGAAACGAGUUCGUCUUCGCAUUGAGGGCCACUCGGGAAAAUGCACACACGGCUGUUGUUGCGCUUGGUCCGCUGGAAUUCAGUCAUGGUCCAUGCGACGUGGUGACAGACUCAGAAGGCUACUGUGAUUUCGAAGUCGACGAAUGUGGCUGGACGUCUGACACUGUCUGGAAACGAGGAGUGAAACUUUUUUCGUACGACGACCCGGGCCACCACGUGCGUUCUGGACCUGUUAAUUCUGCUUACGUAAUGAUGGCCGCCACGACCUCCUACAGCAAAAAAGUUGCCACCCUAAUGAGCCCUGAAUUUCCUGGCCAGAGCGAGCCACAGUGCUUAGAGUUCUGGUACCUUGAGACAGGUUCAGGCGAAGUGCCAAUGCAGGCUGAGAUACUGGUGAAAGGAGAAAGCGAGCUCAUCUGGACAAAACCAUCGUUUUCUAAGGACGACUGGAUGCUAGUGCGUGUGCAGUUUGUGCAGGACAAAAAAUUUCAGGUGGUGCUCCGGGCAACCAUGCCGGCCAAUAGUAUGGUGUCUUUGAGCUUGGACAACGUGGCAGUACGCACUGAGCCAUGCGUGCACCCGAUAGAAUGUGACUUCUCGGAAGGCCUUUGCGGAUACAUAAAUAGGUUCGAAGGGGACUUCCGUUGGCUUGUCGGUUCGGGUAGACUCGAAAAUCCUCGAAUGCAGCCGAAGUCACCCAGUUCCUCAAGGCAAGUUCUUCAAAGUCAGCUUGAGUUGAGCGAUGUGAAGCUUUAA